UGUUCGACUCACUCAGAAAAUUGCAGUCUCUCAACGCGUGAGAGAGAGAGAGAGAGAGAGAGAGAGAGAGAGCGAGCCCUGAUUUCUUGGGCUUAUUUUCUUCCUCUAAACUUUUGAUUUCGAAAUCUCUCGUUGCCUAUCACAACAAUUCCUUGAGAGAUCUCUCCCAUCAUAAGUAGAGGAUCUGUGAAAAUCUUUGUUUCUCUCAUCUUCUUCCUUGCUGCCCUUUCUUCCUUUUGGGGAGUUUGGUUUGGUAGAAACUUGAAACUGUUUGAUUAUUCUUUUGAUAAAAUUGAAUUAGGAAAUAGAGUUGGAUUAGGUCACAAUUUCUGGGUUUUCUGCUCUUAGAUUUCCUGUUCCUCUCCUCUUUUUGACAUUUUUAAGCGGUUUGGUAUCAUUGGGAGAGGGGACUUUGGAAAAUGCAGCAGAGAUUGAAGCAGCAGCAACAAGCCAUGAUGCAACAAGCGUUGCUUCAGCAGCAGCAGCAGCUAUACCACCCAGGCGUACUCGCUGCUGCUAUGUCGCAGAUGGAUCCGGUUCCAAGUGGAAAUCUGCCUCCUGGGUUUGAUUCAUCUUCAUGCCGCAGUGUGUAUGUAGGAAAUAUCCAUGUCAAUGUCACCGAAAGCCUUCUUGCUGAGGUUUUCGGUAGUACUGGACCUCUUGAAGGAUGCAAGCUCAUUAGAAAAGAGAAGUCAUCUUUUGGCUUUGUAGACUACCAUGAUCGUAGGUCUGCAGCUCUUGCAAUAAUGACGUUGCAUGGACGCCAACUUUAUGGUCAGGCAAUUAAGGUAAACUGGGCAUACGCCAGUGGGCAGAGAGAGGAUACUUCAGCGCACUUCAAUGUUUUCGUGGGUGAUCUGAGUCCAGAGGUUACUGAUGCAACUUUAUUUGCCUGCUUUUCCGUGUAUCCCAGUUGUUCAGAUGCAAGGGUUAUGUGGGAUCAUAAGACUGCACGUUCUAGAGGAUUUGGCUUUGUUUCCUUCCGUAAUCAGCAGGAUGCACAAAUUGCUAUAAAUGAAAUGACUGGUAAAUGGCUAGGGAAUAGGCAAAUAAGAUGCAAUUGGGCAACUAAAGGAGCUGGCCUCCCUGAAGAGAAGCAGAAUAAUGAGAACCAAAAUGCAGUUGUUCUAACAAAUGGAUCUUCAGAUGGUGGUAUGGAGAACACCAAUGAGGAGGCACCAGAAAACAAUCCAUCAUACACUACUGUCUAUGUUGGCAACCUUGCUCAUGAGGUAACUCAAACUGAACUUCAUCGUCAGUUUCAUGCUCUUGGAGCUGGGGUUAUUGAGGAAGUACGAGUCCAAAGGGAUAAAGGGUUUGGAUUUGUAAGGUACCAUACACAUGAGGAAGCAGCUUUGGCCAUUCAGAUGGCCAAUGGGAAGAUAGUUUGUGGAAAGUCCAUGAAGUGCUCAUGGGGUAGCAAGCCGACUCCUCCAGGGACCGCGUCAAACCCACUGCCACCUCCAGUACCUCCCUUCCAGAUCCUCACGACUCCUGGAAUGAACCAGGGCUACUCACCAGCAGAGUUGUUGGCUUAUCAGCGUCAGCUUGCUUUGAGCCAGGUUGCUGGGUCUGGUAUGUCAGGGCAGGCUCUUGUGCAGAUGGCUGGGCAGCAUGGUCUUGCUGCAACUCAAGCUUCGAUGGGUCUGAGCUCAGGUGGAUCACAGGGUAUGUAUGAUGGUUACCCAAACAACUCGUCAGGUCAGCAGCUCAUGUAUUACCACUGACAUCAUGAGGAGGCAGGCAUGAGUGUUCACGCCUUCUCGGUGCUUUUGAACUUGCUAUCUUUGCCAGAAUUUUCUUCAUUUUGUUUUCAACUUUUAUGUAUGUUUUAAAAAUAUCUACAUGCGUUUGUAUCUCUUGGACCUAGAGUUAACCAUGUAAAGGCUGGGUGCUGUAAUAUUUACUCUCAGGUCUGACAACUGCUGUUUCAUGGUUGUUUUUCUUCACUUUCUUGGAUGUUUUUUUUUUUUUUUGUUGACCAUGUAAAGGUUGGGUGUUUUGCUUAUGAGGAUGGUUUUCCUUUGGUCACCGUUGAGGGAGAAUACCGUGACAGAGGAGAUUGGAUGGUCUCCAUAGGGUAUCGGAGAACAAUGCAGGGGUAUCUCGACCUUUUACAAUAGGGGUAGACAUUUAUGACCAUUGAUGGCUGUACUUUUUCUGCAUCUGCUGUGUAGGAAAACUUUUCCCUUUUCUUAUUGCUUCUAUGAUAGUUUUGUUUUCGUUUCA